AUGGCUGCCGACACUACUCAACCUCGAUACGCGCUGGCUUACAUUGCUCUCGCUUUGGCAUGUGCGGGUGAUUAUUACCAAGUUUGGGAUGAAUAUUUCUGGAUGACCCCUGAAAAAGGACAGCUACUGACCCCUGCUGACAUUUGCUGGGAGCAAAAGACUCAUGUACCAACAUUUGGAAGCCGAGAAUUUCCAGGAUAUCACAUGAAACAUAUGGGACUAUUGCCUACCCACAAAUGUAAGACUGUAAUGGAUGUAACGUUUAUUGUCAACAAGUCUGUUAUUUGGCCAGGGACAGAUUGGGAAAAUAGCCCUGGUAUAAGAUGGGUAGCCCCAAAUAACACUCGAUGGAUUUGUGGAUACAACCUUUGGCCCUGGCUCCCUGUAGGAUGGGUGGGGAGAUGUACCCUAGGGUUUGUGUUUGCCCCUGGGAGAAUUCAUAAGCAAAAAAUUAGUCAUCCUGUUAAUUUGCCUUAUGUUAAAGCCCGGUGGUCACACUCUGUUUUUCAUUGGUAUGAUUAUUUAGCCUCAAUUUUUGUGCCCUCUUUAGGAGCCACUGAUAUUAUGCUCAGAGUAAAAGCUUUGAACAAUUUUACAAAACAAGCUUUGACAGAUACUAGAAGAGCUUUAGAGGCUCUUAAUGAAGAACAAAAACAGAUGAGAAAAGCCAUUCUACAAAAUCGUAUGGCUCUGGAUAUUCUAACAGCCUCUCAAGGGGGAACAUGUGCCUUAAUAAAAAUGGAGUGUUGUGUAUAUAUUCCUGAUUAUUCCUCAAAUGUUUCUGAUGCUUUAGAACAUAUGAAACAACAAGUAGCCGCUAUGGAUUUUUCUGACUCCAGCAUUUGGAGUCAGAUAUCUGCCUGGUUUCAUGGUGGUUGGUGGAAAUCUAUAAUUUUUAUUAUUAUAUGCAUAUUAUUAUUGCUGUGUGUUGGCCCUUGCAUUUGUCAAUGUAUAUCUGAGAUGAUAAAUAGAAGAUUGCUGAUGUUUUCCCAUUUGUGCUCUGGUGAUUCUGUCCUCGACCUGUUCGUUUGCCAGCAGGUUCCGGCAGCUGAGAAUGUGCCUGCCAAUGCACUGCUGACCUUCAAGGAUGUGUUCAUAAACUUCACUCCCGAGGAGUGGGAAUGCCUGGACCCUGCCCAGAGAUCCUUGUACAAGGACGUGAUGGUGGAGACCCUCAGGAACCUGCUGUCUGAGGAAGACCCCUGGAUUGUGGACAAUGAGGUGCUAAUAGCGAAAAUCCAGAUGAGUGGGAAAGUAUCAACAGUGUGA